AUGGUCUACGGUCUGUGCGCUUUCCGGUCAACUUCCUAUGUUUGCUGGAUGAGUAGCUGGCGUAACGUAGUCGAUGAGCGUGUAUCUCCUAUGGGUAGAGUAGAAGAGUCUUAUGAGAUGACAAUUAGCCCAGACAGAUGGUUUCGGACAACGGAAGAAGCGCCGUGUUUCAAACGAUGUCCGAUUUGGCCACGCCCGAUGGUUUGUCCAUUCGACAUCGGAGCAGUUGUCAUGACAUCCACAACGAUUAGAAAUUAUGAACGUUGA